AUGUCCGAGAUGUCCGACGAUACGAAGAUCAUUUUUUUGAGCGAUGCGGAUCUUACGGCUCUCAAGUUCCUUGGUCCUGACGCUGCUCAGGGGGUCAUGAAUCUCAUCACGUCCCUCAGGAGUGUACCUCAGUACUUCGGAUGGCUCACUGUGGAUCAGGUCGGGUGCCUCAACACCCAGCUCAAGUACCGACCACGUCCUCCGCCGCCGUCCCGAACCCUGCCCACGUCCAGCAAUAUUACGCUUCUUUCCCAGGCGUCCGAGUUCUCAGUUGGCGAUGACAAUCACAUCUCGCCCUUCGAGCGCGCAUACUUCUACAACGGCGUCGCCGACGACCCUCCUCCCCUCUUCCAGCGUUCCGAUCUCGUGCAGCGUCCUUUCCCCAUCCCUCAAAAGCGGCCUGCAGAGAGGUACUCCACCACUCCUGUGAAGACUGCCCACACCGCCAACCACCCUAUCCUCAAGAACAACUUUUGGAAGGAGUCGGUUGCUCCUGAGAUCAUCGCCUUGUGCCAGGAGGCGAGUCGUGGCAUUCGCGUCUCAACGAUGCUACCUGUGCGCUUCUCUACCCUUGAUGAAGACGACAAGGACGUAUUCGACGACCACAUCGUUCUGUGGAUCUCCGUUCAUCCUAACACCACCAAGGAGACCUCCUGCCGUAAUGCCAAUGCCCCCAUCCUCGACAUCUUCGCCAAAUACAAGAUCCACGACGUCGCUGUCCACUGGAUCGAGGGCGCUGUGGAGUCGCUCGCUGGUCCUCCUGAGAUGAUGUCUUCCGCCAGCGACACCAACCCGACUCACUGGAUCCGCCGAGCUCUCACGACCGUCCUGGGCAUCCCCCUCGUUGCACAGGACAUGGCGUACACCGGUUCGCAGGGCUCACUCGGUCUCUACUUUCACCGUGGUAAAGACAAACACGGCAAGAAGAGCCAGGAGGUCAUGGCAAUCACCAAUAAGCAUGUCGUGUCCAAGAAGACCGACGCGGACUACGAGUACCCGCAGGGUGCACGUAAACAGUAUAUCCAGAACUGCGGGCAUCGUCGUUUCGGGCAGCUCCUCAAUGAAACUCGUGCCCUGCUUGGUGAGAAGCUCGGUUACGCCACGCUGUUCGCUGGACAGCUCACGAAGCUAUUGGCGGAUCGACCUGAGGAAGAAAAUGCAAGCUACAACAUGGACUUGAAGUAUAAGGAGCAAGACUUGCAGAGGGUGGGGUCCGACGUCUGUAUUCUCAGUGACUUCCUGAGGAUCCUCAAGUCCACUUGGAGCGAUCCCCUUGAUCGCAUCGUCGCCUGGGUCGACUGGGCACCCAAGAUUGCCAACAAUCUCGACUCCCGCCGCUACACUCGCGACAUAGGCGUCAUGACGCUCGAAAAGGACAAGUUCGUCAAGAAUUUCAAGGGCAAUGUCGUCUACCUAGCUGGCAAGUUCACCCCCGACGAGAUCGUCGUCUGCUUCUGCCCCAACGCCACCAAUCCCCCCGAUUUUGGGGUGCGUGACGCUGCAGGCCUCUCUACCCCGUACUGCCUCGACGAUAACGACAACCCAUGCUUCACCGUCGCCAAGGACGGGCAGGCGACCGACCUCACCUUUGGUCGCCAGUCCGAACUCGAGGCGUACACCUGUAGGGACCUCGAGGGCGAGUCCUGGGAGGUUGCAGUCCUCAACUUCGGGGGCAGAAAGCAUGCCAUCUUCAACGCAGAGGGCAGGCUGGUCGCCCUCCUGCAUUCUGGAAUGCCCCGUGGAUCGUCCAACCAUGUCACGUUCGGAACUCCUGGUCACUACGUCAUGGAGCUCGUCAGGCAACAGUACCCCGAUGCCGAUUUCUCCCGCUGCAAGUACGACGACGACGACGCAACCGCAGCCUAA